CUGGCUUCUAAUAAUGAGCUCUCUGAUUGGCUUAUACGGUAACUUAGGGACCCUCCAUGUAAUGUAUAUAAGCAACUGUGGUAAAAAUUUACAGGGCACAUGCCAUUUUCAUCCAUAGAUAUGCGUACAGUUCACUCAUAGCAGCAGUGAAGACCCCAUCCUCAGUUCUGCAGUCAAGAUGAGGCUUAAGCUGUGUAACGUUAUUUCAGAUUCACAAAAUCGUGGCAGUCAGAUCGAGGAAGCUGGCUGGGAGAUUCAUAAGGUGCAGUUAUCAAAGGUCCCUGUGUUAGGAUUCGGUAUAGCAGUGAGUGGUGGUAUUGACAGUCCACAGAAUGGAGAUAAUUCGAUAUUGAUUUCGGACGUACUGAAGACUGGUCCAGCAAACGGAAAACUACAAAUAAAUGACCGUGUGAUAAGUGUGAAUGGGUCUUCCUUUGACCACAUUGACCACUCUUCAGCCAUCGGAGCUCUCGAAAAUUGUGGGAACACGAUGGACAUGGUCAUCCGCAGGUUAGUCGUGCUUAGUGAUGCUGAAGAACAUGCGCAGGCCAGUGUGGCUAUUAACGAGAAGAACGAAAGGGAAUAUUAUAAUAUUGUUCUGGGCAGCAGAUUCUACAUCAAGGAAACAAUUUGUAACAGAUCGGUAGCACGUGAUUGUGGAAAUAAAGAAGGGAAGACAGUUAUCAGGAUCAACAAAACUGCGACAGAAUCAUUAGUUAAUGGAGCUAGAAAAAUUAUGGAAAAGUCUAAGGACAAACUUCGUCUGGUGGUGAAGAAGGCAAGCAUUGACAGUAAGAAACAGAUCAGCAAUAACAACUGUCAAAUGGACGUUCCAGUUACAAAAAGAAAAAAUAAUAUGAACAAAACAGUCAGCAAUCUAUUUCCUAUCAGAUCUGCUUCAUCACGUGUCAACUUGCCACAGAAGCACCAGCAACAAUCACCUGCACUCCGAAAGAGGACACUAUACAUGUACAAUGACAAUCCUCAACCAAAACCAACAUGUCAGCUUUCACACUCUACUCAGUCAAGACCAAGAUUACUGUCCACCAAUAGUUUUCAACAAUAUUGA